AUGUCAUUAGUUUCAGCUCCAGUUGACAUUUGUAAAUGCACAAAAAAAUAUCCCUUAAUGUCUAGAACAUUGUCGUUGAAAAUAGAUUUUGCAAAGGCGAGUUGGGAAUUGAAGAGACAGAAUAUUUCUAGAUGUCAAUACGAACUUUACCUUAGAAGAAGAAUCUUGGAAAAGGAAAUGUCAAGAGCUUUAUAUUAUACUCUGAUUGAUAUUUCAUUUGUAAAACCUCUUGAAAUUGCUGAAUUGCACAAACCCAUAAUUUCUGUAAGCUUAGGCGAAGCUCAAGAGUUUGAAUAA